UCCGACCUCAAGUCUGGACAGGCAGUCCAGGCAGAGAUGGAGAAGAGCCACAGCGCCAGGGCCAGGAGGCUGACCACGGAGCACAUCACAGGAGCAUUUCCCGGAGGCCUGUGCAUCGAUUUGCUGCCCAAGAGCCCCUGCCCUCUGCAACCCCAUGUCCACCUAGGAUGGAUUUCCUGCCAGCUACUGCCUCCCAAAUGAGGCUCGCCACGCAGCGGAGUGUGGAAGACGAGGAGGAGGCCACCCAGGGGCAGCACCGGCAGGAGAGAGACCAGCAGCUUCGGGCCCGGGACGAGGAUGAGGACGUGGAGGGAGGCCACUCCCCGGAGGAGCCGGAGCAGAAGCUCCUCAGCCUCAAGCCCGUGGAAGCCCCUGAAGUGGACGAGGACGAGGGUUUCAGCGACUGGUCCCAGAGGCCAGAGCAGCGGCAUCAUGGGGCUGGGGAGACCUCGGACAGAGGGGAGCCCCCUCAGGAGCAGCAGGAGGACAGGGCCUCCCUGCUUGCCUGUGGGGGCCAGGAUGACAGUGAGCAGGGCCCAGCUGGAGUCUGCCUGGAGGAGCUGCAUUUGAGUCCUGGCUCAGAGCCCGAGGAGGGGCAGGGGACAGGAGGGCCGGAGCCCGAGGGCCCAGAGGGGGCUGUGCAGGGCAGCGCAGUGUCGACAGAGGCUGAGGAGGCAGACAAACAGCCCCAGGACGGUCAGCAGCCCAGGAUGCCCAGCCCUCUGGUCUUAGAGGGCACUGCCGGAGAGGGCUCACCUCCCCUGAGCCCCAGCACCACGCUCAUCGAUAGAACAGAGUCCCUGAACCACUCCCUCAAGAAGAGCAACAGCGUGAAAAAAUCCCAGCCCACCCCGCCCAUCUCCAAGAUCGAUGAGCGGCUGGAGCAGUACACCCAGGCCAUUGAGACUGCCGGCCGGCCCCCCAGGCUAGUCCGCCAGCCCUCCGUCGAGCUGCCCAGCAUGGCCGUGGCAAGCACCAAGAGCCGCUGGGAGACGGGAGAGGUGCAGGCUCAGUCUGCUGCCAAGGGCCCCUCCUGCAAGGAUAUCGUAGCUGGGGACAUGAGCAAGAAAAGCCUCUGGGAGCAGAAAGGAGGCCCCAAGAUUUCAUCAACAGUCAAGAGCACCCCCUCUGGGAAGAGGUACAAGUUUGUGGCCACUGGGCACGGGAAGUACGAGAAGGUGCCCGUGGACGACGGCUCGGCCCCCUAGGCUGCGCCUCUUGCUCUCCCAAAGCUGCAGGCAUGCAGGCUGGUGACCCCCUCCACGCGCCCCACCCACACUCCCAGGGGAGAGUCCGCCCGCCAGAUGCCCUGGCCCGGCCACCCGGCCCACCUGGCUGUCCUCCACCACUCGCCACCACCACUGUCUCCUUGCUCCUGGACCCUCUUCCCCCAUCCUGCUCUCUGAUCCCUGCCCUGCCAGGAAAGGGACUCCUGCUGACAGUGGCUGAAGGGACCACUCCCAGAGCGGCCAAGACCUCCCAAGGAAGGCAGACACAGGGCACCUGAGGGAUCCCCCAGGUCAAGAGCCAUGGACGCCUGCCCUGGACGCCCAGCCCUGCACCCCCCCUGCUCACGCUUGCCACCCCUCCGUUCUGUACAAUAAAGCUCCCUGUGUGCCCCCGUGUGCUGGCCCUCCGGUGCUCACCAACUGGAAGAAAAACAAGGAGCAGGGCCAGCCUGGGUGGAAAAGGCCACA